GCGGCGCGCGGGGCGGGCUCUCGGGCUCUCGCGCCCCCGCGCACGCCCGGGCGUUACGGAGCCCCUGGCGUUGGCCUCAGCCCGGGGUCUCCAACCGUGCGCGAGGCAAGAUGCUGAGGCGCAGCUUGGAAAACCGGGAUGCUCAAACCAGACAACUGCAAGAUGCUGUCACAAAUGUGGAGAAGCACUUUGGAGAGCUGUGCCAAAUCUUUGCUGCUUAUGUGCGGAAAACUGCCAGACUGCGAGACAAAGCCGACCUCCUGGUGAAUGAAAUCAACGUGUAUGCCUCUACAGAGACCCCGAAGUUAAAGCAGGGCCUGAAAACCUUUGCUGACGAGUUUUCCAAACUUCAGGAUUAUCGACAAGCAGAGGUUGAAAGACUUGAAGCCAAAGUAGUUGAACCUUUGAAAGCUUAUGGAACCAUUGUAAAAAUGAAACGAGAUGACCUCAAAGCAACAUUAACAGCAAGGAAUCGAGAAGCUAAACAGUUAACUCAGUUAGAAAGAACACGUCAGAGAAACCCAUCUGAUCGACAUGUUAUUUCACAGGCAGAAACUGAAUUACAAAGGGCCACAAUGGAUGCUGCUCGAACAACUCGCCAUCUGGAGGAGACUAUUGACAGCUUUGAAAAGCAGAAAAUAAAGGAUAUAAAGACUAUAUUUUCAGAAUUUAUCACUAUCGAAAUGUUAUUUCACGGCAAAGCUUUAGAGGUCUACACUGCUGCCUACCAAAAUAUACAAAAGAUUGAUGAAGAAGAAGAUUUAGAGGUUUUCCGAAAUUCUCUGUAUCCACCAGAUUAUUCAUCCCGUUUAGAUAUCGUAAGAGCAAAUUCAAAGUCACCUCUUCAGAGAUCACUGUCAGCUAAGUGUGUAUCUGGAACAGGACAGGUAUCCACCUGUCGACUAAGAAAGGAUCAACAAAUAGAAGAUGAUGAUGAAGAGGAUGAAGACUUAGAUGUUACAGAAGAAGAAAAUUAAAUUUCUUAAGUAAACUUUGCAUUUCCAUUUUCAUCUUAAAUGACUUGGAAUCCAGAAUGACUAAAACUGUAAAACUUUAUACUGGCUUGAAAUGAAAUCCUACUGGAAAUGGAGAGAGAAAUUAUUAAAGGAAAUUUAUGCUGACCAAAAAUGAAGGUUUUAAAAAAUAUUACACACCAGUCGUUUCUGACUGUCUAUCUGUCUAGCAGCAUGUGAUCUUUUUGUAUAGGUUCCAUUUUUUAAAAAAGAUUAUGUAUUUCAGAAGUAUUUCAUAUUGCACUAUACCUAGUUGAGGUUACACUAGUUAAAUAGAUAACAACAACAAAAAAAAUCUAACAAUUCCACUUGCUUCCUUUAGGUUAAGACACCAUGCUUUCAAUACCAGAAAAGGGUCCUAGAUAGUCAUUCUGAUGAAAUACAAAUUCUGUUCCAUGAAGCUUUAAUCAAAAAGCCAAGUUUUCUUUUUUUACUUUUUUUUCACUUCUACUACAACCUGAAGUUUCAUCAUUCGAUAUAUAAAUUUACUUUUCAAUGAGAGUAUUAUAGUCACUCUUAACAAUAAUAGGACACU